GAAGGCGAGGACGCUGAGGCCAAGGGAGCCAGGGAAGGAGGGAGGGAGGCAGGGAGACCUAUCAAGAGGAAGAUGAAUGGUAUUGUUAUCACCACCACCAUCAUCGUUUAUCUCCCAUUGGGACUCAGUGCAGAUUACAGCAUUAAGGAAGAAUCAAGGAGGAGUGUGCUUGUGUUGGAUGCUGAAAGACGUUGGAAACUGGCAAUGGCUAACUGUUCCUGAAGUCUCCAUGCCUUGAAGCUGCCUCUCAGCUUAGCGUUUAUGGGAGUUGCACCAUCCCCGAGUCAACAUUUGUUAUUGGAAGAACCUUUUCACAAUUUCUCUGAGGGGUCAGUUGGCGAAAACAGCCAAGAUGCCCCGCAACCGGGCCUUCUCCGAGCCUGAAUACUCAGCGGAAUACUCGGCAGAUUAUUCGGUUAGCUUGCCCUCCGACCCCGAACAUGGGGUAGGCCGGACCCAUGAGGUAACGGUGAGGAACUCGGGCUCUUGCCUCUGUUUGCCACGUUUUAUGCGCCUGACAUUCUCCCCAGAGUCUCUAGAGAACCUUUACCAAACCUACUUCCGGCGGCAGCGCCAUGAGACCCUACUGGUUUUGGUGGUCUUUGCUGCCCUCUUUGACUGCUACGUCAUUGUCAUGUGCACUGUGGUGUACAACUCAGAGAAGCUGGCACCCACUUUGGCGGCUGCAGUGGGCCUGGCAACCCAGGUCCUCCUUUUCAUCCUAUGCAAGUACGAACUCCUGCCAGAUCGCAUCACCCGGAAGUUCAUGCCCUACAUCCUGUGGAUACUCAUUGCCGCCCAGAUAUUCUGCUACUUGGGCCUGAACUUUGCCCGCUAUCAUGAGGCCAGUGACACGGUUGGCUGGCAAGCUUUCUUCAUGUUCUCCUUUUUCAUCACCCUCCCCUUGCGCCUCACACCCAUCGUCCUUAUCUCCUCUGUCUCCUGUGCCAUCCACACUCUGGUGUUGGGGGUCACAAUUGCACAACAGCAACAACAGAAGCAACAGGAAAACACUAGUGGAAAAGAUUUGAUGUGGCAGAUCUUGUCCAACGUUGCCAUCUACCUGUGUACCAUCUGCGUGGGCAUCAUGUCGUACUACAUGGCAGAUCGCAAGCACCGCAAAGCCUUCCUUGAAGCCCGGCAGUCUCUGGAGGUCAAGCUCAACCUUGAGGAACAAAGUCAGCAGCAGGAGCGGUUGAUGCUUUCCAUUUUGCCCAAGCAUGUGGCUGAUGAAAUGUUGAAAGAUAUGAAGAAGGAUGCAAGCCAGAAAGAGAUGCAGCAGUUUAACACCAUGUACAUGUACCGCCAUGAGAAUGUCAGCAUCCUCUUCGCUGACAUAGUUGGUUUCACGCAGCUGUCAUCUUCCUGUAGUGCCCAGGAAUUGGUGAAGCUUCUCAAUGAACUCUUUGCACGCUUCGAUAAACUAGCAGCAAAGUACCAUCAGCUCCGGAUCAAGAUCUUGGGAGACUGUUACUAUUGCAUCUGUGGACUACCUGACUACCGGGAAGACCACGCUGUUUGUUCAAUCAUGAUGGGCCUUGCUAUGGUAGAAGCCAUUUCCUAUGUGCGAGAAAAGACCAAAACAGAUGUAGAUAUGCGUGUGGGUGUGCACAGUGGUACCGUCCUGGGUGGAGUCCUGGGACAGAAGCGCUGGCAGUAUGACGUGUGGUCGACAGACGUGACAGUGGCUAACAAAAUGGAAGCUGGAGGCAUCCCAGGGCGUGUGCACAUUUCCCAGAGCACUAUGGAUUGCUUGAAAGGAGAGUUUGAAGUGGAGCCUGGGGAUGGUGGAUCACGGUGUGAAUACCUGAAGGAGAAGGGGAUAGUCACCUACCUCGUGCUAGUACCCAAGCAGCCACUCAAGAAUGGAAUCAAUGGUGUGAAGUUAUCCGUUUCAUCUUCCCAUGGGAACUCACCUCAGCUGAUCAACACCAAAGAAUGCAACGGGAGCAUUAACACCACCUGCACCACCCCUGAUGAGGCAGAGGAACUGGACACAAGGGUGGUGAACCCAUCUUUUCCCAAUCCCCGGAGGCGCCUGCGCUUGCGAGACCUGGCAGAGAGGGUGGUGGAUGCUUCAGAGAAUGAACAGGAACUUAACAAAUUGCUCAAUGAAGCCUUGCUGGAGAGAGAAUCUGUGCAGGCGCUGAAAGGGAGAGCCACAUUCCGCCUGACCAUGCGCUUCAUUGACCCUGAGAUGGAGACACGCUACUCUGUGGAGAAAGAGAAGCAGAGUGGGGCGGCUUUCAGCUGUUCCUGUGUUGUCCUCUUCUUUACUGCCGUGGUGGAGAUUUUCAUUGAUCCGAGGUUGGUGGCAAAUUAUGUGACAUUUGUUGUCGGUGAAAUCCUUUUGCUCAUCCUGACUGUUUGCUCACUGGCUGCCAUCUUUCCCAGGGUUUUUCCACGAAAGCUUGUGGCUUUUUCCACCUGGAUAGACAGGACUCGGUGGGCCAGGAACACAUGGGCGAUGUCAGCCAUUUUCAUUGUGACUAUGGCAGACAUUGUAGACAUGCUCAGCUGCCUACAAUAUUCCACCAUUUUCAACGAUACAGAAACCAAGCUGAUUCAGGAGGGCUGUGUGGAGAACCCCAAGUACUACAGCUACAUUGCAGUGCUGGCGCUCAUUGCCACCAUCAUGCUGGUGCAAGUCAGCCACAUGGUCAAGCUCACCUUGAUGGUCAUGAUCACUGGGGCUGUGGGUGUGGUCAACAUUCUUGCCUGGCAACAGAUCUUCGAUGAGUACGACCAGAGGCGGUUCCGAGAGCGCACGCACUUACUUUCAUCCAAAUACUCCAUGACGGUGAUGAUUUUGGUGAUGAUGUUCAGUUUCUACUAUUUCUCCCGCCACGUGGAGAAAUUGGCAAGGACUUUAUUCCUGUGGAAGAUUGAUGUUCACGACCAGAAGGAGCGAGUUUACGAGAUGAGGCGCUGGAACGAGGCCCUGGUCACCAACAUGCUGCCAGAUCAUGUGGCUCGGCACUUCCUGGGCUCCAAGAAACGGGACGAGGAGCUGUAUAGCCAGUCCUACGAUGAGAUUGGUGUCAUGUUUGCCUCCCUUCCCAACUUUGCUGACUUCUACACUGAGGAGAGCAUCAACAAUGGUGGGAUUGAAUGUCUGCGUUUCCUCAAUGAAAUCAUUUCAGAUUUUGAUGCGCUUCUAGAUGAUCCCCAGUUCCGGUGCAUCACCAAGAUCAAAACUAUUGGCAGCACCUACAUGGCAGCUUCUGGUGUGACCCCCGAUGUCAGCACCAAUGGUUAUAACAAUGCUGUUAAGAAGGAAGACCUGUCAGAAAAGGAACGCUGGCAACACCUGGCAGAUCUUGCUGACUUUGCCUUAGCCAUGAAAGAGACUUUGAUGAACAUUAACUACCAGUCCUUCAACAACUUCAUGCUUCGAAUAGGCAUGAAUAAAGGAGCAGUGCUAGCUGGGGUCAUUGGUGCCCGCAAGCCUCACUAUGACAUUUGGGGGAACACUGUGAAUGUGGCCAGCCGGAUGGAAUCCACAGGAGUCAUGGGAAAUAUCCAGGUGGUAGAGGAAACCCACCUUGUCUUGAAGGAGUACGGUUUCCGCUUUGUGCGCCGGGGGCACAUCUAUGUCAAGGGCAAAGGCGACCUGCUCACCUAUUUCAUGAAAGGACGGGAAAAGCAAGGUUCCUUCAUCAACGGCUCCUGUGUGACUUUGCCCCACCAAGUGGUUGACAGCUCUUGAAGGUCCCCUGGGUCCUGCAUGCGGGUUACAGAAAUAAGCGGGUGCCUCCGUGCUGCCCAAAGGAUGAGAGAUUGCUAUAUACACACUGCUAACACCAUUAGAUUUUUCAGGAAGUUUGCCCCGUUCCUUUCUUUUUGGAGGCUUGCUAUUAUUUGUCAAGAGGUUCCUUUGGUCAUCUGUGUCUGCGUUUCCCUCUUAAUGUAGACAGGGAGGGGGAAGGCAGUGUUGGUGGGAGGUGUUCCUACCCCUUGUGCAUACAAGCGGUCCUCUUGCACAUUUGGGUCUGGAAGUGGGGAAGAGGAAAGUAGAUUCCUCAGUGCAACAUCCAUAGAGUGCUUUGGCUGCAUUCUCUUUUGGUCAUCCAAGUGAGGGGCAAAGGACUGAUGGUUUUAAUUAUUCCAUAGACUGGUUUUCCAUGUGGAGCUUAUGGCUAAAAUGAAAUGCAAGCUCAGUGCAGGUUCUAGCAGCAAGACGUGGGCUGGGAGAAAGAGAGCCAUGGGGGCAUGCUUGGGCUGUUGGUACUUAUUUAAAUGGACUCACUUUUGCCACAAAAACACUGUAGAUAAAUAGGAGGAGGUGAGGGAGAGAGCAAGUGCAAUCUUUUUUUUGUUUGUUUGUUUAACUCUUAAGAAGAUGUCCUAUUUCAAAUAUAUAAAAAUAUAUAUAAAUAUAUAUAUAUAUAUAAAAGAUACAGAUUCUUUAUAUUUUUAAUUGUCUUAUUUCUGAAAGCAAGGUGCCUCUUUCAGGCUGCACCUUGAAUCUUUUGCUGCCCUCCCUUCUGCUGAUGCUUUAAAAAAAAGGAAGAGAUUUAUCUGGUACAAGACUGUUUUUACUGAACGCCUUUAUCUGAUUGUUAUGUUGGAAAAAUGUAAUUAUUUCUCUAGUUUCUCAAAUAGAAUGAGUUUGGUUUUAAAGAUAUGUGGUGUCAAGUUUUGUUUUUGAGAAUGUGGACGGAGGGAGGCUCAGUCACUUCUGCAGGGGUGGCAAGGUACAAUGGAAGCAGGAGAUGUGAUGGCUAUCCUGGCUUCACAGUGGCCGAAUGCAAGGACUGCCAAGUGUCACUUUAAAAUGAGGACGUUUGCAGCGUAAAGCCGAAGUAUUCUCCAUGUUUGUGAUGGCACUUUUUUUCCAGGG